AUGACGGCAUCGAUGAGCAGCUGGAAAUCCGCGGUUUCUGAGGUCAAAUCACGAUGCGGAUUCUGUGGGGAGACCUUCUCGUUAUGGUCAGAUCGGAAUGAUCAUCUAAGUGACCACUUCAAAGCAGGUCUUCUUAUGAAAGACUGGAAAGGUUGCCGUGGCCUAGAGCCAGCAGUUGCUUUGCUUGUCGAGAACGCAAUACCCCCAUACCUGAUCGGCACAGAGGCACUAGAUUCGGACCCUUUCAGUGCCUCGAAAGGUAAUACAAAGGGUUGCCUGGCAGCUGGAGGCGGUUCACGAGCCCCAACUGCAUUUGGAGCCCUCACAGCCGACUUGGGUGACUACGUUCGUACUGCAAAAUUAGCCGGCAAUGAUAUCACGGAUGAUGCUCUGCGUCAUCAAGCACGGCUGAUCCUCUACGGGGAUGAUGAUCCCUGGAACCAAACCCCUGCGGACAACAAUCAGUGGAUCGAAAUGUUCAAGGCUGGCUACGGGCUUGAUUGCGACACUUUCCAACAACAGGCGAUGGUCGACUGUGCUACUAAUGCACACUCAGCACCUGCUGAUCCCAUGAUAUCACCGUGCGUUUUGAAUACAAAGAGCGUUAGUCCAUUCACAGCCGAAGCAGUUCAGCACGCCGUCGAUUUUGACCCGGCCAUGAUGCAAUUUGAGCUCAACUUUCCUGCAGGGUCAGGCGAUGACCACGUCGCUGCGGUCGAGCCGGCCUUCACCAUCCCUUGGUCCUGGCAGACACCUGAAUGCUUAGCUGAGUUUCGACAGCUCGGGCUAUUGCCUCCAAUACCAGUAGCAUGUGAUCCCAUGCUUAGUGAAACGGGCAACCUAGCCGCCGGCUGCUUACACACUGAGCCUGCUACGAGUGCCACAACUUGCGGUAAUAGCCUACCGAUGCCAGAACAAGUAUUUCUCACGCCCCAAAACCUGAUGUUUGCGGCUCCAGCACAAGCCAGCAGCUCGGGAAUAAGAGAACACCCUACAGAAUGCCCAGAGGAUGACACACUAUUCACCUUUGAUGCAGAGUUCCAGGAUGAGGUGUUUAGAUAG